GGCCCGCUCGCUCCGCCCGGUACCACCCGGGGCCCCCCCGGCGGGGCGGGGGGGCCAUGGAGCACCGGCGCCGGUAGCCACGAGGAGCCCAGGAGAGAGCGGAGCCAGGACCCCCGCCCACCCAUGGCCCCCCCUCCCCCUUCCCUCCCCGUCCCUCCCGUCACCCGGGCACCGCGGGGGGGGCCCCCCCGCCUCCUGCCCGCCGUGGCCACCAUCACCCUGCUGACGCUCGCCACCGUGGGCGCCUGCCCCGCCGUUUGCCGCUGCUCCGGCGGCCGCGUUUACUGCAACGACCGCGGGCUGACGGCCGUGCCCGAGGGGCUCCCGCCCGGCGCCACCACGCUGUUCCUGCAGAACAACCGCAUCGGGGACGCGGGGAUCCCGGCUCGCCUGGGCCGGCUGCCGGCGCUGCGGGUGCUUUACCUGUACGCCAACGCGCUGGAGCAGCUCCCGGCUCACCUUCCCCCGGCGCUGCGGGAGCUGCACCUGCAGGAGAACAACGUGCGCGGUUUGUGCCGCCGGGCGCUGGCCCGGGCGCCGCUGCUCGAGCGGCUGCACCUGGACGAUAACUCGGUGUCGGCCGCCGGUAUCGAGGAGGACGCGUUCGCCGAGAACCGCCGGUUGCGGCUGCUGUUCCUGUCGCGGAACCACCUGAGCAGCGUCCCCGCGGGGCUGCCGCCGGCGCUGGAGGAGCUGCGGCUGGACGAUAACCGCAUCCACACCAUCCCCCUGCGCGCCUUCGAGGGGCUGCCGGCGCUGCGGCGCCUGGUGCUGGACGGGAACCUGCUGGCGAACCAGCGCAUGGCCGACGACACCUUCAGCCGUCUGGGCAACCUCAGCGAGCUCUCGCUGGGCCGCAACGCGCUGGCGGCUCCGCCGGCCAACCUGCCCCGGGCUCGGCUUCGCCGCCUCUCGCUGGCCGCCAACGCCAUCAGCCACGUGCCGGCCGGAGCGCUGGCCAGGAUGAGGGCGCUGGAGAGGCUGGACCUGUCGGACAACAACCUGACCACGCUGCCCAGGGGGCUCUUCGACGAUCUGGGCAGCCUGAGCCACCUGGGGCUGCGGAACAACCCGUGGUUCUGCGGCUGUAACCUGGCCUGGCUGCGGGACUGGCUGCGCCGCCGCGCCCCGCCGCGCCUGGAGGUGCGGGGUUUGCUGUGCCAGGCUCCGGCCAGGCUGCGGGGGCUGCCGGUGGGCGAGCUGAGGGGCGAGAUGGACGCGUGCGACAGCCCGGCCUCGGGGGGUGGCACUGCGGGAGGGGGGACAUCGCCCGCUGUGGCCGCCGUGUCCCCGCCGGGAGCCGCGGCCACCACGCCGGGGUUGUGGGUGCAGGCGGCUCCCGGAGGGGCCCUGCGGGUCCGGUGGCCGCCGGCUCCUCCCGGAGCGUCGCUGAGGCUGAGCUGGCUCCGGCCCGGGGGGGGAGCGGUGACCGAGACCUUGGUGCGGGGGGAGCGCGGGGAGUACGUGGUGCGGGCUCUGCAGCCCCGAGCUCCGUACCGGGUGUGCCUCGCUGCCCUGGAGCCCCCCGCCGCUCCCCCGCUCUGCGCCCAGGCCCGGGCGGGGGCCGGGGAUCCCCCCCCCCAGGCCGGUUCUCCCGGAGCCCCCGGCGGGGAUGCGGCUCCCCCCGCGCUCCCCCCGGCAGCCGCUCUGGGGGCGGCGGCGGCGGCGGCGGAGGGGGGGAUCCGCACCGUGUACCCCCCUCCACCCCCUCCCCCGCCCCCUCUGCCCCCCCCCGGCGUGCGGGGCUACCGGGGGGGGCAAGUGCCCCAUGCGCCGCUAGCAGCCAAUGGGAGAAGCGGAAAAUUCCAGAAGUCACAGCGGAGCCCAACCAAUGGGCGCCCAGCACCGGGAGACGCGACCAAUAGGAGCGCGGCGGGGGCGGGCCCUGAUGCCGGCUUCCGGCGGGGGCGGGCCCCACUGCGCACGGCAGCCAAUGGGAAGGCGGCAACGCCGGGCGCCAGCCAAUGGGAGCGCGCGCGGGGGCGGGCGGGCGGGGCGGCCGGCCAAUGGGGCGCGGGGGGCGUGGCCACGGGGUUCUAG